CGAGGGGGCGGGCCAGCGGCCUCUACGCCUGCCUGGUGCGUGCGCAGUGACGGCGGCGGCGGCGGCGGCGGCGGCAGUCAUGGCGGCUCGGUGCGUGAGGGUGGCGCGGCGUAGCCUCCCGGCUUUGGCUCUGUCUCUUAGAUCCUCUCCUCGGCUGUUGUGCACCGCUAUGAAACAGAAGAACAGCGGCCAGAACCUGGAAGAGGACGUGGGUCAGAAUGAACAGAAGACAGAUACUCCCUCUGCAGAGAAGAUACUCCUGGACGAGAAGGCCAAGCUAGAAGAGCAGCUGAAGGAGACCGUGGAAAAAUAUAAGCGAGCUUUGGCAGAUACUGAGAAUUUGCGACAGAGGAGCCAAAAAUUGGUGGAAGAGGCAAAAUUAUAUGGCAUCCAGGGCUUCUGUAAGGACCUGCUGGAGGUCGCAGACAUCUUGGAGAAGGCGACGCAGAGUGUCCCGAAGGAGGAGGUUAAAGACGACAACCCGCACCUGAAGAACCUGUAUGAGGGGCUCGUGAUGACGGAGCUCCAGAUCCAGAAGGUGUUCACGAAGCACGGCCUGCUCCGGCUGGACCCCGUGGGGGCCAAGUUUGACCCCUAUGAGCAUGAGGCCUUGUUCCACACGCCGGUGGAGGGGAAGGAGCCGGGCACGGUGGCGCUGGUCAGCAAAGUGGGUUACAAGCUACACGGGCGCACCCUGCGGCCCGCCUUGGUGGGGGUGGUGAAGGCGGCGUAGCGGCCGCCGCAGGGCUGCCCUGGGUCCUGUGAGAUCGUUUGCUGUAACUCCUGAAAGGUUGGCUCAUCUCUUCUCUACUUUUGACCCUUUCCCAAAUCUUGUUGGAAAACUGUAGUAACCAGCGGCUAAACAGAGAAUUCAGCCGGUUGCACAGAUGUGUGAAUGACCUCUAA